AUGGCGAUGUUUUGGAGUUUGGCGCUGCUGAGCUUCCUUCUUUUCCUCAGUGCUUUGGUAUUUGCGCAGGGCAUCGCUGAUGGCCUGAGCGAUGCCAGCGUGCUGCCCUCGGAGGCCUCACUUCUUGGUUUCGGUUCAGUUAUGGAGACCAUGGUCUCUCUAUACAUGAGUGUGACCGGCGGCAAUGAUUGGAUCCAAUAUUAUAGACUGUUCGAGAAGCUCCAGAGCUUUUACCACUGGUUGUAUUUGGGCUUCAUUUUCUUUUUCACUUUUGCCAUCUUCAACAUUUUGACCGCACUGUUCGUGGAGAAGGCAAUGGCAGCCUCGCGUCCCGAUAGACAUCGGCAAAUGGUUUUAGAGCGCAGAAAGUUUGCCGAGCAGGCCGCAGAGUUACGGGAGCUCUUCUCCAAGAUGGACAAGGACCAAAGUGGAAGGAUCACACAGGAGGAGUUCCUGGAGUGCAUGCGGGAUUCGGAGAUCCUUUCGUACAUGCUCAGUGUUGGUCUUGAUGUAUAUGACGCGCAGUACUUGUUCGAGCUCGUGGCUGACAACCAGGGUGAACUGGAAAUCUCCCGUUUCGUGGAUGGAUGCAUGGCAGUCAAAGGAGCAGCCUCAGCUUUAGACGUGCAGAAGCAGUUGGCUCACAUAGAGCAGGUUGAGCACAAGCUUGAAGCAUGGGAGAAGGAAUAUUGGCCAGCUCUCAUGAGUUUCGCCUCUGGGGUUCAUCUUAAGCUUUAG